AUGACUGGUUACUACGGCGUCAGGAGAUCCUUCACAACUGAGUUGGAUUUCCACAACACAAAGCAGUUGGUCAGUGAUGUCUACUCAUCCCCUCUAGGGUCCAAGCCCUUCUCAUGCGAUUCCUCUGCUACUCAGGGCUACCCAGCACUUCUGGACCCAUAUCGCAUCGACCAAUAUGGGGAUUACCGAGCUACUCCCCUCACAGCUGCUACCAGCUCCUUCUUCAGCCCUUCUUCUGUGCCCCCUCUCCUGCCAUCCUUCCCUCAUGACACAGCGCACUUCCUACUAAGAGAGCCCUGGGAGCAGACCUCACCCGACAGUCUCAGCCAGUCGGACGGUGCGUGCUCAGACCUUCUGCAAGCACUGCCUGCCAGCGCCAGCUGCCUCUCCUCACAUGAGUCUGGAGGCGCUUCCCCAUACCGAAGCUCAGGUUGGACCCCAGCCAUCCCCGGAGCGCAGCCCUACCCUCUGCAUCCUCUUGAAGAUGCCCACUACUCCCCCAGCUAUGCUGCAACCUCACCCUACUCCUCCUCACCAUUCAUGACUCUGGCAAACGAGCUUACCUCCAGGAUGAGCCACCUCUCGCCAGAGCAGUCCUUGGAGGCACCACCCCUUCAUGAUAACUCUGCCUGGGCAAAAGAGGAUGGAAGUCCCAUCUGGGGGACUUAUGAGGGCCAGAGACCUUAUUGA